UAAGAAGUCUUGAAUUCUAGUCCACCUAUCUGAAACAGGAAACUCCCUACAGGCAGUGUUCCCUAAUCCACAAUGGACUGCAAAACAGUCCAGUAUCUCAGUUCUCUAUGCAAGUAGCUCAACCCUUUGCAGCCUGAAUGGUGAUUAGGGAGCUUCACCCACAGAGGAGGGAGCAGGCAGGAACGAAUUUAGCAUACAGUGGGAAGGGAAGAGAAGGUUGAUGUUUUACAUGAAUGGAUUUUGUGGACUAGAAAAAAAUUUGCUAGAGGCAGAUGCUGAUGACUGGGAAACAGUGCCCUAAAACAUUCCCAAGGGAUCAUCAUUUUGUCUCUGCUUAUGGGGAAAGGAGGCUGUGCUUUCCAUUGCUAAACAACUCUAAUUUUUUUUUUUUUCUUUUUGGUUCCCUGUGAUUUCAUCAAUAAGAGGUACACAUUGUGGAAAUUCUAAUGGCAAUUGGCAGUGAAUUUGCAACUUAAAAGUCUUAGGUACCUGGGAACACUAAAAUAGCAUGUAUUAGAAUUAGAUCUUGAUCUCACUACCCACCACACCAUCUCUAUCCAUCAUACUGUCGCCUGCAGCUCUGAUUAUUAAGGAGUUUGUCCUCACGCUGAACUGAAAUCUGCCUCCUGCUUACUUCUCCCUGCUGUGUUGAGUUCUGUAUUCUAGAUCUAGGCUUAGAAAAUCAAUCCCCUUUAUAUGACAACCCCUCAAAGGUCUGAUGACUUAUAAAUGCCCAAGGAAAAAGCACUGCCAAGGUGGAAAGUCCCAUUCCCCAAAUCUGAAUGUCCUUCAGACCUCUUUCCCUGCUUCUUUUAGUCCCCAACACUGCUCCAGCCUGUCUCCAACAGUGAUGAUCUGAGCAACAAAAGCCUAUGCUUUCAGUAGUUGGUAGGUAGGUUGGAAAUAGUUACAUUUGGACACUGGGAGGAUGGCAGGACAACUUUUAGAAUUCAAGAUUUUCUGAACUCGGAAUUGGUGUCCUGAAUUCAAAUUCUGACUCUGGUAUUUGCUACCUGUGUCACUUUAGGCAAAUUUGUGCCUCAGUUUCUCCUUAUACAAAACAGAGUUGGACUCAGUAAUUUCUCAGGUUAUAUUUAGCUCUAAUCUUUUAAACAUGUUGUCUGCCUGGAUCUCUACUAUGCUUUCAAUUCAGUUCUCUGUACUGAAUUUUCUUGUCAUUUUGAGAAUGUGAUUUCUAUUCUCCCUGCCAGACCAAGAAUUUCUUGAAAAGACAUGUCUUGACCUUGACCUUGAAAAGGUGUCUCCUCUUGCCUCAACUAUAGAAUAGUCAAGCAUAGGGCCCAGAACAGCAUAGUCAAGAUGCACUAAACUGAUGGAGAUUGAGGCAUUUGGACCAUGGGGCUGCUAGCCUGAGGACUAGGUACUAGUUCCAUUUCUACUACUGUAAGCUUUGUAAUCGUUAGCAAAUGCUUUGUCCUUUCUGGACCUCAGUUUGUUUUUGACAGGAAAAUCAAAUGAAAUUUCUAUAACUCGGGAGACAGCAUGGUUUUUUCAAAGUGAAUUGAAUGGACUUUGAGUUAGAAAACCUUAGGAUUGCCUCCUGACUGCUACACCAUAUAAAAGGAAGCAAAUUGACUUCACCUUUCUGAGCAUGAAGUUCUAUAAAAUGGGGACAGUAAUGUCUGAAUUAUCUACCUCAAAAUGUGGUUGUGGGAAAAAAAUGCAUUGUAAAAUAGAAAUGUGAGUUCUUAGAUAAGCUAAUGGGUGUAAAGUACUUUGGACAGUAUAAAACAGUCCCGAUUUGUGUUGUUCCUUCCAAAUCACCCAGGAAACAGCUGCACUAGUUCUGUCUCUCCAUAUUCUGUCCACCCCUGGGCCUCAGUGGUUCUCUGCUUUGGAAGGCGUAUAUAUGUGUGUUAAGGGAUGGGCUAGAGGGAGUAGGAGGCCUGUGGAUAGGGGAAUGGCAAGAGAAGGAAGAUAGAAGUUGAUUACUUUGUACUUUGACCUUCAAAUCACGUGCCAGGGCUAUGGCUUUUCUCAUGGAAACUGGGAUAGAGUCCACCUUCACCUAGGGAAGGGCUAGUUAAUGGGCUAACGGAUGACUCACAUUAUAAUAGGAUUUUGAACUGAGAAAGACUUCCAAGAUCACUUGGUACAAUUCCCUCUUCCCCAGAACAAAAAUGAGAUUGAAAGAGGUUAAGUGAUUUGCCCUGUGUCAUUCAGCAAAUAACAGAACCCAAAUUCAAAACAAAGAUUUGCUCUGCCAUUGAUUUUCUGUGUAGCUAUGGGAAAUCAAGUUCCCUCUCUGAGUUUCAGAUUGUUCUUGAUCCUCUGAUCUCUUAGGUCCUUAUAAUGAUCUGUGACUCCAAAUCCAGUACUCUUUCCAGUACGGGCUCAUCCCUCCUUCCACAGUGGGGCAGCAUUGUAUGGGAUCUGGUCCCUGAGAGGACACCUUUUAUAAGAUUGAGAUUAUAUUCCUUGCUGCUCCAAUGGACUCUGCUCCCUAUUUUGUUGUUUUCUUGGAGCAGGGGCACGUUUAACUUAAUCUCCCACCUUCCAGCUCUCAGUCGGGGCUUCUGUGGAGGCACAGUCUCCACAGUGAUAUCCUAAUAUUUGACAAUAGCAUUUACUUUAAUAACAUUUAUGCUCUCUUUUGCUAUAGUUGUAGAGGGGAGACUGAGACUCAAUCCUUGAUUGAAAAAAUGGCUGUGAGGGGCUCCAUCCAUUGGCCUUAGUGAGCAAGGUUUCACGAAGAUUUGAGAUUCCCCAUAGCUUAGUCUAAGUUGAUGAUCUGUUUGCACCCAGAAGGUUCCUAAAUCUAAGGAUCAGGAGAAGAAUCUCUUUUUGAGGACUGGGACUCUCUCAGUACCAGAAACCAUGAUCUAUUCUGAGCAUAGAUACUGAGGCUUUGUUGAUCUCAAUUACUCUUAAGUUCCUGGCAGGGGCUGUCCAAAUUGUCCCUUUUUUCCCUGUGGCCAAGCCAUCCAGGCUUUCUUUAAGAACCAGUUGUGCUUAAUGUUGAGUAGAGAUAAUGGAUUCUUACUUCCUGAGAAUGGGACCCAGUUAAUUGUUACCUAAGUCCAGAGUCUCUCUCCAGUUAACCCUUUGUGUUUGGGUGGAGGAUAGCCCUCAAGGACUGGAGCUCCUAGGAAUGGCCUGGCAAAGCCCCUCCAACGUGAGAAGGACCAGCAGGAUGCUUGGGAUGUGGUCGAUUGAGAAUGAAGAGUUUUGUUCUUUGGUUAUCCUGGAGCCCAGUCACCUAAGACCAAGGCCACAGAGGGUUAAAAGGGAAGAAAGGUGUGGUCCCUGAGCAGCUGGUAGUUGUGGAGUUGUGGGGCCUUCAAAGUCCAAUAAAUAAUCAUUCUCCUACCAAUACUGCACUCCCCACACCCCAAACUCUGCCUCUUCAGCUUUAGCUUAUCUGGGUGGGGCUUUUGGAAGCCAUCUCUCCAGCUCCCUUCUGCAGUAGUCAGUGAAGAGAGAAGCCACACUCCAGGACCCUAAACAGACUGACCAGCCACGGCUGCUUGGCCCCAUGUCGCUCCAGGAGACCCUCCUUGUGUUCUCUGUGCUGUUGCUGUCAUCAGCGGAUGCCCAAAAAGUGAUUGAGAGGAGGCUGCAGCCCUGGCUGAUGGGCCUGACAGCUGUUGUGGGCUUCCUCUUCAUUGUCUUCAUCCUCCUGCUGGCCAACCGGCUUUGGUGUUCCAAGGAGAGGAACGAUGAGGAGGAGGAGUUUGAAGAAAUCCAAUCAACUCGGAGAUUCUAUGAAGACAUUCAGUUGAGGACAUCAUCUGAAUCAUCAAAGGAAGAUAAAGGCCGCGUCAAUGAAGCCUUGGAACCAGAUGAAGUGGCAACUGUCAGCAAAGAUGCUGAGAAAUAUACUUCCAUGUGAGGGAGGCCCUCCCGCCAGGGAACCCCUGGGGCGAAUCCCCAGAUUUCUCUAUGCUUGUCUCCCAAACUCCACCUUUGGGGCCCAAGGAAUGAUUCAAACUGGAAUAACAGAAUCCUGUUAUCCUUAGGCCCCAUUCCUCCUCUUCUCCCUGUAUGGGAAACAUGGAGGAACUGGGGCUAUGAUUCCAUUUCUUUCCCUCCCCUCCCCAUUGAAAAUUAACUAACAAAUAAAGAAUUAUUUAUGGAAAAUCCAGCCCCUUUGCUGCCCAGUGAUGGCUGAUUCUUCUCUAAAUCAUGAUUAGGAACACAAGAUCACAGAUAUAGAUACAGAAAGUUCUACUCCUUCAUUUUCCAGACAAGGAAACAGAAGCCCAGUGAGGUUAAGGAAAAGGGCAUCCCGGAAUGAGUCUCAGAAGAAGUGGGUUUAAGGGCUAUUGUUUCUUUUAAGUUUGUGCAGUGGAAAGAAAUGUCAGGAAGACAAGUUCAAAUCCAACCUGGACUCUAACUUACUAGCUGGGUGACCAUAUGCAAAGUCACUCAAUUGCUGCCUGCCUCAGUUUACUCAUCUGUAAAAUGGGAAUAGCAAUAGUACCCACCUCUCCUGGUUAUUAUGAGGACCAAAUGAGAUGAUUGUAAAUUGUAAUUUGUAAAGCGCUUAACACAAGGCCCUAUUGGAUGGAUAGUAAGCAUUAUAGAAAUGUUCGCUACAAUUAUUACUGACCAUUUGCAAGUUACUUUUUUAUGUGCUUCAGUUUCCUCAUCUGAAAAUGAAUGGUUGACCUAGAUGAUAUUUUAAGUCACUUUCUGUAACCCCUACCAGGUUCUUCAAUAAUCACUCCCACUGCCUACUCCAUAAUUUCAUGUUAUCACACACUGGUUUCUCAAUACCUGUUCCCUCUCUCUAUUUGUUUAGUGAUUCUGUGGCUCGAUACACACUAGCUAGGUACAAUGCUAAGGGGUCUUUCUCUCCCACCUGGUCCUUGUUCUGAGAGACAAGAUUCAGAAAUAGGAAACAACUAAAAAGCCUUAUUUGAAUGCCUUUUUGUGAGAAAAGGAAUAAGUGAAAAGUCUGAAUUUUAGGAUUUUUUUCCUCCAAGGAAGUGCAGCUGUAUUGAUGUCAAAACCAUAGGAAAGCCCUGCCUCUUCUGUGUUGAGGCUCUGCUUUAAAUGCUUGUCCCCUCCUCGUGCCUCAGUUUCCUCCCUUUGUGAGGGUACAGGUUCUCAGUACAAGUAUAAGGAUAUAAGAACUGCCAAGAAGAGAUUAGAAUGCCUUCUUCAAAUAUAAAGGGAUUGCCAAACAUUGUUUCUAUGUCAAAGAGGCUUUGGUGAAGUAUCCACCAGUCUUUGAUGCUUCCCUUCCCACCCUCCAUCCCCAUAUUCUAUUUAUACUAUUAUGACAGCUUCACACUUUCUGGACUUUGAAUUGGUUGGGUAGGAUAGUAGAGUCACACUCAAAUAGAAAUAAAUCUCUCCAGGUCACCUAUUGACUGAAAAAACUACAAAUUAACAUUAUUUAUGUUGUAUUGUAUUUUAUUUGGUUAAAACACUUCCUAACUUCAUUUUAAUCUGAUUCUGGCCACACUUGGGAGUUAAUGCUUGUUGCUGGGGCAGGUGGUAAGUUGAUAUCUUGGUUUGUAUCACCUAUUUUCAUCCAGAUUCUAAACAUUUAUUUCUAAACAUAAUUUGGGGGAACCCUCAAAUCUACUAUUUCUUUAGAGUAUAGUCAUCUUGUUGUGUAAUGGAAAGAACUCUGGCUAGAAUUUAGGAGACCCAGUGGUUUUGAUUGAUUAACAAUAGAUGUCUUUUUUUUCCUCUCAGUUGGAGAUUCUUAGUCUCUAAAUAAAAAAAUCAGCCCCUUAAAAUUUUGGGAGUGUCAAAAAAAAAAAAAAAGAGGGAAAGGAAAAAGAAAUCACAACUGCUAAUGUUACCACUAACUUGGGACAGACCCCUUCCCUCUAUGAGUUUGCUUAACUGUAAAUUAAGCUGGUUGGACUUCAUUUUUUAAUAAAUGUCCCAAUUCUGAAUGUAUGAGCUAAGGACUGUUGAGCUUUUCCUUAUUACUAUAUCCAAGGUUGCUGCAU